AUGGCUGAUGCGAAAAGAUCAACAAUCUCGACGAACAACAGCAACAGCACCACCAGCAGCAGCAAGUCCCGCAAGUCCAAGAAUGAACUGAUACGCAGCCUCGUCGGAUCGUAUCUGAAGGCGCGCAACUACACCGUUACCGAUCGUUACCGAAAGACGGACCUUGUACUGACACAAUCAACCGAUCAGAUCGUGAUGAACACUGCCAUCAAGAACGAAGUGUCGAAAGUGAACAGUGUCCUGUUCUCGAACAUCGGCCUGAACACGAAUCCUGCGCAGGUCGAUCAGCACUUCGCCAAGUUUACAAAGUUCAUUCGCAGCCAACCGGAAGCGGUCCGCGUGGAGCUGACCGAAAUCGUACCACCGUUGCUAUGUCAUUUGUACAUCGACAUGCUCCGGGGGCGAGAUUGGCGACCCGCAAUUGAGUUCCUGCGUAAACAUGCCCCACUCGUGGGGAAAACCGAACCCACCAAUGCAGCCGCUGCCAAUCUACCCCCGUCGUUGUCGAACCAGCAACAGAAGCUCAACGGCACCAUAGACGAACAGCGGGAGGCAGGCUCGUUACCACCGCCGGCCGCGGUGCAAAGUUCCAUCAUUGUUUUCGCUCCGGCAAGCCCCGGCGCUGAUGCUGGGCGUAUGGAGCUGUACAAACAGUUGGUUCAUAAGCUCUCCCAAGUCACGCACCUUCAGGAGUACGAUAGCGAUCCGUUGCUGGUGCAGUUUCGCUCGUGCCAGACGCAACUCCGGAUGCGGUCCCCUUCGAUCGCAGCCCUGCGCCAGUAUCUGGCCAAGCACGGUCACUCCGUGCUCCUACAAACGUUACGAACGUGGUUUUGCUUCGAAACGGUGGAGGAUAAGAACUUUUCCGACUACAGCCCGGAAGUAGGAGGGCAGCGUAGAUUGGGGUGCAGUCAAAGGGCGGCCAAUGGUAGGCUGACUAACGGUGGGAACAUGGAUGUUGAUGAAAGCUACCCGGAUGCAGUUGAAACUAGCGGGCGUAUGCAUGAGUACGAUUUCGCCGAGCACACGGAACGCGAAAAUGAACGAUAUUUGUUGCUAAAUGGCUUUACGAAGUCGUACGUGCGCCACCGCAUGCUCGAGACCGAAAAUGGAGCAUCCGGCGACCGGUUGUGUGAUGAUGAAGAGGACGACGACACUGAUGAGGAAACUGCGAGGAGUGUGAUCGGCCGUAUCGCUGAACCAAUGAUCUCCGACGAGCAUCCAGAAAGCGAUGGUGAUGUCGGUGCACUUGGAGGAAUGUUCCCUCGGCGUCUCACGACCCAAGAACGGUUGAGGCGGCUGCGGGAGAGUGCGAAUAAGGUGGCGCUCUAUCAGCGGCCACUGUGUGUGUACAGAUUGGAAAACGUCGGUCACCAGCUAACAAGUGUUGCGAUAGAUUCGAACUGCUGCCAUGUGGCGAGUGGGUUUGAAGACUCCACCAUCAUGCUGUGGUCAACGAACCGUAGCACGCAGAUGGGCCGUAAACCUUACGCUUGCUUCCGGGAUCGGCAAUGCAGCUGGAACGUGACAGCCUGUGAUAGUAGGUUUAGUGUGUCGGAGGAUUCCGAUGACGACGACGAUGCCGAUGACGGUGACGGUGAGAGAACUGCCCGAGCGUAUAGUGAUGGAACAUCGCUACAAGAGGACGGUGCCGGUGGCAGCAUGUUCGAUGGGACGUCCCGUGGCGAUCGCGCAAGAAUGAACAAGCUGCUGCCACCCUAUAACCGACGACAGACAAAACGGGAACGGUGGAAGAAGUUUCUCGAGCGACGAUGUUUAGAGAAUACCUUUUCCGAAACGGGGGGUGUAGUGCUGCGGGGGCACAGCAACGCCGUGACGGAUCUACUCUUUUCCGAGCACGGCUCGCUACUGGUGAGUACGUCGCGCGAUUGCACGAUGCGCGCCUGGACCGGGCACGAUUACAACUGCCGGGCGGUAUAUCGUGGCCACAGCCAUCCCAUCUGGACAUUAGCGGAAAGUCCUACCGGACUCUACUUGGCUACGGGGUCGCGUGACACGACGGCGCGUUUGUGGUCUACCGAUCGACACUUUCCCCUGCAGAUGUACGUCGGUCACAGCCAGGACGUCGAUACUGUCGCAUUUCAUCCGAACGGCAACUAUCUUGCGACCGGUUCGGCCGAUCUCACGGUACGAUUAUGGUGCGUUACGAGUGGCAAGCUGUUUCGUAUCUUCACCGACUGCCGCCAACCGGUCCACCGGGUUUGCUUUAGCCCGGACGGCAAAUACCUUGCUGCUGGAGGUGAGGAGAAUCGUGUGCGCAUCUUUGACCUUGCGGCCGGUGCGCAAUUGUCGGAGCUAAAGGACCAUACCGCAGCGAUAACGUGUGUUACCUGGAGCCCCGAUAGUCGCCACUUUGUUUCAUCGUGUGCUGACGGUACGAUACGGAUUUGGGACGCAAAGCGGAUGCUAUCAACGGUGACGAUUGCUUCUACGGCAUCGCCAUCAUCGAGUCAUGCACAGUACACACAGUCUGCUGGCAACGAUCGCAGCCAUCCGAUCAACCUUAACAACGGCACCAUCAAUCCAAAGACGAACAUCACAUUCAACUCCGCGCAGCACCAUCCAGUGGACGUUGCGAACACAGCCAGAAGUACUUCAUCGUCACAGCAUCCACCGGCUAGUGGCCUCGGUGACUCCGCUGCGGCGGCAUCGUCAGCCGGAUCGAACCCUGCAUCGUCAACCGCCACCAUCGCCAAUCUCCUGCUCGCAUACUCAACCGGUUGUCAACGAGUUUAUCGGUUGCACUACAAUAAGCUUAAUGGUGGAUUAUCGUGUAUAGGGAGUAGCUAAAACGAGCGGUUAGACACACAAGCCCAAAACCUGGUAUAAGUAUUAUUUAUUGCAACGCAGUCCUCAGUUGAUAGAAAUAGACAAAUGGUGUGAAGUAAAAGUGACAG